AUGGGGAAUAACCGGUACCUGGGCCUUCAGGGCUCCAAGCUCCAGCUUGCUAUCGGUGUCAUCGCUGGUAUGGAUUUCUUGCUGUUCGGUUAUGAUCAAGGUGUCACCGGCGGUCUUUUAACAUUACAGUCCUUCAUCAAAUACUUCCCCACUAUCGCGCUGAACGGCGAGUACUUUGAGAGCUUGGAUAGCUCCCAGAGGAGCGCGCAGUCCACCCGCCAAGGUAUCGUUGUUGCGGCCUACAAUCUGGGAUGUUUCGCUGGCUCUAUUCCCACCAUCUGGGUUGGCAACUGGCUGGGUCGGCGCAAGACCAUCUUUCUUGGGUCCUUGAUCAUGGUGGUCGGAGCGAUCCUGCAGUGCACCGCCUACCACCUUCCCCAGCUGAUCAUCGGUCGUCUGGUCACCGGGUUCGGAAACGGGAUGAAUACGUCGACGGUGCCCACCUGGCAAUCCGAGUGCUGCAAGUCCAACCACCGUGGCCAACUGGUCAUGAUCGAGGGUGCGAUGAUCACCUGCGGUAUCACCAUCAGUUACUGGAUCGACUUUGGUUUGCUGUUUGCGGACCCUAGCGAGGUGGCCUGGCGGUUUCCCUUGGCUUUCCAGAUCUUCUUCGCGGCAAUCAUUCUGGCUUUUGUCAUGUUCCUGCCCGAGUCGCCUCGCUGGCUCGUGCUCAAGGGCCGAGAGGAUGAGGCUAAGAAUGUUCUAACCGCGCUGCUGGGGGAUGACGCCGACGAGACCUUUGUGGAGACCGAAUUUACGGCCAUCAAAGCCACCGUUCUGGAAAUGGCCAAGGGUUCAUUCCGCGACAUGUUCACGAUGACCGAGGACCGCCACCUCCACCGGACCCUUCUUGCCUACGUCAACCAGAUGUUCCAGCAGAUCAGCGGCAUCAAUCUGAUCACCUACUACAUUCCAGUCGUGCUCGAGCAGCAGCUGGGGAUGACGAUGAUCAAUUCGCGACUGAUCGCUGCCUGCAACGGAACCGAAUACUUCAUUGCUUCCUGGAUCGCCGUCUUCACCAUCGAGCAGUUUGGUCGUCGUUCUCUGAUGCUGUUCGGUGCGGCGGGUAUGUCGAUUUCCAUGGUCAUCCUGGCCAUUACCGCCAGUAUGGGCAACCCCCAGGCCAAUAUCGCCUGCGCCGUCUUCCUCUUUGUCUUCAACACGUUCUUUGCCAUCGGCUGGCUGGGCAUGACCUGGCUGUACCCUGCGGAGAUUGUGCCUCUGAAGAUCCGUGCCCCGGCCAAUGCGCUGGCCACCUCGUCCAACUGGAUCUUCAACUUCAUGGUCGUCAUGAUCACCCCGGUUGCCUUUGAGAACAUCAAAUAUCAGACCUACAUCAUUUUCGCUGUCAUUAAUGCGGCUAUCUUCCCUGUCGUGUACUUCUUCUACCCCGAGACCACCCGACGAUCCCUCGAAGAGAUGGACAGGAUUUUCCGCAAGACCAAGAGCGUCCUCUCGGUGGUGCGCGUCGCCCGCGAGGAGCCGCACAUGUACGGCAAAAAGGGCGAGCUCCUGCGCCCUUUGGACGACGUCGAGGACCACGCCAUGCGCCGUGCCAGCGUCUUGAACCACAACCACAAGGAGGCUGGCGAUCACAGCGACGAGAACACGAGCAUGGAGCAGGUGGAGCAGGUGGAGAAGGCCUAA